CCUAGCUUGAUACUACAGGCGGCAAUGCUAUCGAGGGGACCAUUGGCUCCGCUAAUUGCGCUGCUGACUCUGGCUGUGGCUCCGGCUCAAAUCGAGGCCGAUUCCUCAGAGCUUGAGCUUUACGGUGACAUAGUGACUCCGGGGGAGUUCGAGUCGCUGAGCCUGACCCGCGAGCGCCAACAACAUCUCUGCCAGCGUGAGGUGCCGGCCGUGUUUUUCCAAACCCACAAGGAUACUGUGCCACGCGGCAAUGGCUCCACCAUCUUUUAUCACCGCAUCGAGGUCUGCUGCCUGGGCUAUCGACGUGAUCGCUACUCCGGUGAAUGUGUGCCCGACUGCUCGGAGUCCUCGCCGGACAACUGUCGCAAUGGCUUCUGUCACGCUCCUGGUCGCUGCGACUGCUUCGCGGAGUUUGUCCGCAACGAACACGGCUCCUGCAUCCACACCUGUCCGAUUGCUUGCCAGCACGGCAGGUGCUACCUGAACGGCACCUGUGCCUGCCACCCGGGCUACGCCCUCGACCAGGAGACCCGCCAGUUCUGCCGGCCGCAGUGCUCCCAGGCAUGUGGCACCCACGAGGAGUGCGUGGCCCCUGGCCAGUGCGACUGCUCACCCGGUUACCGCCGCACUCCUGACCUAGGAUGCCAGCCAGUCUGUGCCCCGGACUGUGGAUACGGCAAGUGCUCGGCACCCAAUCAGUGCGAGUGCUUUGCCGGAUUCAUAAAGCGACCGCAGCGGAAUGUCUGCGAGGCAGAGUGCUACAUCAAUUGCGAGAAUGGCUUCUGCGAGUCGAGAUACAAGUGCCAGUGCCGGGAGGGCUACCGCUAUGACCACAACACCACCAGUUGCCUGCCGGAGUGCACCGACAACUGUGGCCACGGGAACGGAGUGUGCAUAGCUCCCGGAGUCUGCCGCUGCUUUGAGGGUUACGAAGCCCACCUCUCAAGCUGCCAGCCCAAGUGUGAGAGGUCCUGCGGCAAGUAUGGUCGCUGUCUGGCCCCGAAUAUCUGCGGCUGCGGGCAGUCCCAACAGCACUGCCUGAAUGGCCGUUGCAAUGAGAUGGGACAUUGCGUGUGCCCUUCGGGGGAAUCCCACUUUGUGGACCGCUGCCUGAAGCCCCAGGAACUAACCCGGCAGCUCUCAACCAGGGAGCAGAGAAGGCAUUUAAGUCACCAGCUGCGUUACGAGUUCAAUGCCCUCAUUGGGCGUCUCUUUAAUUUCACCUGAGACAAAACAAAUAAAG